AUGGUCGAAAAACUGAGCCGAUCACCAAGCCCUCUGUGGCUUCAGGCCUUGGAAAAGUAUCGAGAAGAGUUACAGGCAGCCGACGAUUAUCAAGCAAUCCAGAAAGUCCACACACUCGAGGAACUGAUCGACUCCUUCUCCUCCUUCCACGGCGCCGUACCCAACACUCACGCUGGAGUAAUUUCUCUUCACAAAAUUGCGCCGAGGCUGAAAUUUGUCGAUGAUUUUUCAGCGGUGCUGGCCUUGUGUUUCGGCGCAAACACGGCGUUGACAGCGGCUGUCUGGGGCAGCAUACGCAUGAUCCUUUCACAUGCUUCCGCCGCCGCGGAGACACUCAAAGACGUCCUAGACAUGCUGGAGGAGCUAAGUCUGACUCUUCCGAGGCUUCAGGUUUACGAACAGACGGUGCCGCUGAACCGCUCUCUCCAGCAGGCCUUGUUGGACGUCUAUUCCGAGAUCAUCUGCUUCUAUGCUCGCGCUAUUCACUUUCUCCGCAGCAAUCCCAACUUGGUCCUAAGAAAGAACGCAUGGCAAACAUUCCGGGACGACUUUUCGCGGACAAACAUGCGCAUCAAGCGCAUGUCCACAAGUGUGGAGAGCGAGGCCGACCUGGCGCGAAUGCGAAAGGAUGAAACCCAGUACAAGGAAGUACUGGAGCUCUUACAUACAAUGAAGGCGAAAACUUUAGAUGAGCCUGAACGAAUCUGGUACAACAACAUACCUUUCGCCGCGAAUACCAAGUUUAGCGGCCGCCAAGAUAUCUUGAACGCGGUUGGCAAGGCGUUGGUGCCGGAAACCACUACGUCUACACUCAAAUCAAUAGCACUAUUUGGUCUGGGCGGUGUCGGCAAAACGCAGAUUGCGACCCAAUACGCGUAUCAAAACAUGAACAAUUUCGACAUUAUCCUAUGGGUUGCAGCUGAUAACGCCAUCUCCAUCGCGCAGAGUUUUCGGACGAUAGCCGAAGGACUCGAUCUGGUGGGUAGUGGCGAGGAACUUAAAGACGCAGCCGUGUCCAUAUACAAGGUGAAAAGCUGGCUGGCGACAACAGAUUCAACCUACCUUAUCAUAUUCGACAACGCGGACGACCUCACUGCUCUGAAGACAGCAUGGCCGGCCACCAGUCGCGGAUCGGUACUUUUGACAACUCGAGACUUUACCGUUGCUACCUCUCUACUGACGCAAUAUGUUCAAGUCGAUGCGCUGGAUGAUCGGGAUGGUAGCGAAUUGCUUUUGAAGGCACUUGACCUGGAGACCAUCUCGCCCGACGACAAAGAGAAUGCGUUAGCUAUCAACAAGGCCUUUGGCGGACUGCCUUUGGCUCUGGCACAGUUGACCGGAGUAUCUAUCCAUCUCCUGAACCUUCUGGCAUUCUUUGAACCAGAUGGCAUCUCAGAGGACAUCUUGCUGCAAGGGUCCAAGGACAUUGAUGGUGAAUUCUCUUUCCUGUCUGACGAAAUGGAUCUCGGCGAUGCGUCCGAGGAUCUCCUCCGGGCCGCCCUCGUCAAUCGGGCAGGCGAAUCAGGAGUACUUUCGAUUCACCGUCUGGUGCAGUCGGCGGCCCAGAAGCGCCUGGACGAGUCGGAGAGCAUGCGUUACUUUGAUGCUGUAGUCUACAUGCUCUGCUGGGGAUUCCCAGACCACUCGAGCACGGACAUUGGUCACCAAAUAGCAGCUUGGACGCAAUGUGAGAAAUGUCUUCUACAUGUGAACCAUCUCGUCCAUCUCGUCAACUCUCAGGGCAAAGCCCCAGGGAAUCGACAGAAGUACGCUGAUCUUCUUCUGCGAUGCAGUUGGUACCUAUACGAGAGUGAAAUGUACAACGUCGCUAGAACAAUGGUUGAGCAAGCAAUUUCGAUAUUCCGGGACAAGACGGGCCUCGAUUAUGCUAGCGCUAUCGACCUUGGUGGCCUCAUCGUCUUGGAUCUGGCACAGCCUGCCCAGGCCUUGAAGUCGUUCAUGCGUGCUCUGGAAAUACGCAAGGCAGUCCUUGGGCCGGAAGACCCUUUUGUUGCCUAUAGUCUGAACAAUGUCGCUCUCGCAUAUACUGAAAUAGGAGAGCUCGAGCUCGCCUAUGCGGCACACCAGGAAGCAAUUCGUCUCAGGCUCGCGGCCAAAAGCGACAGGAUCGUGCUCGGAAACAAACUCAAGACUUGCGACUCGCAGUACGAUGUCGCAUGCAUGCUACUGAAGGAGGGUCACGAAAACUCGGCGAUACAACUUCUUGAAGAAGUAGUCAAUAUGACCGAGACUUUUGCAGAGGGGGACGGCCAACGGGCUCGAGCUCUGUACAAGCUUGCUGAAAUCUACAGCGACAGAGAUAUACAGGCUGAAUCAAUUGCGUGCAGAGGAAAGGCAUCGACUUUGCGAGAGGCGUUGAGACCAGACCUCAAGGAUGCCCCGUUUGAGGAGGCUGAAUUCUCCAAAUUGUGUCUAUGGAUGUUAUGGUAG